CAGAAGGUCAUUUCCCUUCUUCUUUUCUUUUUCUCGUUUUUCCUCUCUUUCUGUUUUCUUUCUUCCUUGCAUUCACAAACCCUAGGGCGAACGGGGAUUUUAUUGUGAGAGAGAGAGCGGCGUAACUGAAAGGAGAAAUUAAGAAGAGAGAGGUGCGGUUAUGAAGAAAAGGGGAAUCUGAAGUCGGUAGAGUAAAUUCUAGGGUUGAGAAAUUAAUUGGAGGUUGAAGAAGGAGCCUAUAAAUAGGGAGAGGGUGCCUGGAGAAAUACACACGAGAGUAAUUGAUUCUUGGGUUUAAGAGUGAGGGUUUGAGUGAAGAGAGUCGAGGGAGAUUUCAGAGCUCGGUGGAAGUUUUGUACAGUGAGGAAGAUCAAUUUCCAGGUUGUGUCUCUGUCACAUAGAAAACACCAUGAAUUUUGCAGCAUCAUUUUGCAGAAGAUUGAAUGUCAAGGAACUUGUGACAAAUAUUCCUGUAUAUAGAAGCACCAGUGAUGUAUCUGGAGAAGGUUUGAGUAUGGUGUUCAGGCGCUGGGCUACCAAAAAGACUGCUGGUUCUACCAAGAAUGGACGGGAUUCAAAACCCAAGAACCUUGGAGUGAAGAAAUUCGGUGGGGAGAGGGUGAUACCUGGAAAUAUCAUUGUUCGACAACGUGGCACUCGUUUCCAUCCAGGAAACUAUGUUGGACUUGGGAAGGAUCAUACUCUGUUUGCAUUGAAAGAGGGAUUGGUGAAGUUUGAACGGAACAAGCUGACUGGUCGCAAAUGGGUGCAUGUUGAGCCUAAGGAAGGCCAUGUUCUCCACCCUUUGUAUGCAAAUGCCUCGGCUUCUGAAGCAAAGGUUGCUGUGUAAGUCUCACCAAUGUCAUCCUUAAUAGAAAUUUUUUAUCUGGUGACAGAAUUCAACUUACCAUCUUGGUUUAUGUGAACACCUAUAUGUUCUCACUCUGCCUUAAUUUUUACCUUCUUUAAUUGAAAAAUGGGUUAGUUGGCUGGUACAUACUCUUCUAUUGGAAUUAUUUAAAAGAAUGACUGGAAGGAAACAUGAGUUGGUACUUAAACAUGUUUAGGAGUUGCUCCUUUUAUUUGUUUGUUUAACUAUAUCUGAUUAUUAAA